AUGUCGCGGUGUGCAAGUGCGGACUCUCACGCUGACUUCGCCCAGCUGCUGAGCGGGGAGCCGGCCCGGUUCCAGCAGACGGUGGACGCACUCCUGCUGGAGCUGCACCAGGACAAGGAGAAGCUGGUCCGCUCCUUCCUGGAGGACCCCAGCAGGCAGCAGCUGCUGCUGGCUCUCUGCAGGUCCCUGACACCGGGGGAGACGCGUCUCUGCAGUAAUGUGGCAUACAUACUGGGCACAAUUUCGGAAAACGAGGUUGGUGCUCAGUGUUUGGUGACAUUGGCACAGGCUCAGCUGCUAGAAUCUGAUAAUCUCCUUGGCAACCUGAAUUCCAUGUUAAUGUGGACAGAUGCGGAAGCAGUGAUGAAUGCUGCUGGGACACUCUGCACCAUGGUUGAGACCAAUGAAGGCCGACAAUGGCUCCUGAAUGACACUCGCCUUGAGGCGGUACUGGUCAAUGUAACUGCUCUGCUGGACAGUAUAAAUGAGUGGACAGCCAGCAAUGCUGCCCUGGUCUUGGCGAGGAUUGCUAUCUGUGAGUCUGGCUGCAGGAAGCUCUUGCAGCAACCGAACUCCCAGCACAUGCUCCGCAAGCUAAUCGCGGCUCUGGGCGUGGACGAGGCAGGCUGCGGAACGAGUGUUGCCUUUGCACUCGGACGGAUCUGUGAAUUGGACAUAGGACGCAAGCAGAUCCUGGAAAUGGAGGAGGCUCCAAAUAUGAUCACAACCCUGGAGAAGAUGAUGGCAGACGGAGACACUGGAGGAAGCAAAAAUGCCUGCUUUGCACUAAGUUGCCUGGCAACGGACAAAGAUGGCCACGCUCAUAUCCUGAAGAACCCCAUCUUCCCAGAAAUACUCAACACCUUGUGCACACUAUUGGAAUCCAAAGAGCAGGAGUCAGCUUGGUUUGCUGCCAUGACACUGAAAGUAUUAGGCAGCCAUCCAAAGGGAGUUGUGAAACUGAGAGAGCAUCCCAAGAUAUCAGCACUGUUAAAGAGUGUGGCCUGCUCUCCCACCGCUGGCAAGGAGCUACUGGAGGAAGUGGACUUCACCCUGAGGAAGUUGCAGCCUCUUUCCAAGCCUUCUCCUCCCCGUGUCGACAUGAUUAAUAUCAAUUCAAUUGAAAUCACUUGGAGUCGCCUUAUACUGGACAGUGGGCUGGAGGUGACAUACAGGAGUUUUGCCGCCAGCCCCGAAAGCUGGGAGGUCAUUCCUGCUGUCACUGCCACCACUGCCUCCAGUCACCGUGAGGAGCUGGCUCUGCUGCUGCCUCCGACCACCAAGAGGAGCUGCCAUUCCACUUUGUUUGAUGGUGAUAAACUACUCUACAAGGGCCCUGACUGCAGUUAUGUUCUAGCAGAGGUCAAACUGUGCAAAGAGUAUGCUUUCAGACUCCAUGUCUCCACCGAGGGAGAUGAUGGUCUCUACAGUGAUGUCACCACAGUGACCGUUGAAGAGUCAGUGCCAAGCUGCCCAUUUGAUUUCCGGGUGAUCGGCUGCACUCCAACCCAGCUGAAGCUGGCGUGGAACCCACCCGCUGAGCCCAAUGGUGUCAUAAAAUGUUACAUGGUAUAUAAAGGUGAUACUGUGAUCGAAACAACAUCGGAACGCAGCUGCAUAGUCAGUGGCCUCACGCCGUCUAAAUCCUACGUCUUCCACGUGUGUGCCUGCACGAGCAAAGGGAAAGGGGCCAAGUCCUGUCUCUCAGCGAGCACGGCUGAUCCUGGUGACCAUGCUCCCAGCAAGCUGACACUUAAUGUCUUGGGAAGGAAUGAGAUGUUCAUCACCUGGGACAUGCCUGAGGUGUCCCUCGGGCGCCUCUUCAACUUUGAGCUGUGUAUGAAUGGAAGAGUGGUGUACCUGGGUCCAGACCGUUCCUUCACUGCAAGGCGUCUGACUGCAAACACUGAGUAUACCUGUACUGUCAGUGCCAUCACCAGUGAAGGGAAAUGUGAGAGCAAGCCCGUCAUGAAGAAGACGGCCAAGGACGAGUAUGAAAAUACAACCAGGUGUCUCUACUCUCCUGCUCGGAUGAACCAGCCAAUUGCUUCAUCUUCAAUCAGAGAUGUUUCGGAACUAGCUGAACGGCUCAGGAGGACCAGAACUCAACCAGGAAUUUAUAAGGAACAGACCCCAGGCAAAACACCGAAAACUUACCAAACCUUGAGCAAAGGGAAUCGGAAAGGCAUCCAUAAGCAGCGUGAUAGCGACGUAAUGUCCAAAGCUGUUACACAACAAAAAUACCGAUGUUGA